AUGGCUUCCAUGUUCGAGCAGCCCGGCAACGGGACUCUGUUCCUCGGCGGCCAGAAGAUCUCGGGCGCCGACAUCAGAGAUCAGAAUGUCUCUGCCACACAGGCCAUCGCGAACGUCGUAAAGAGCUCCUUCGGUCCCAGCGGUCUCGACAAGAUGAUGGUCGACGAUAUCGGUGAUGUCACCGUGACCAACGACGGCGCCACCAUUCUCAGCCUGCUCGAUGUCGAGCACCCGGCCGGAAAGAUCCUCGUCGACCUGGCCCACCAGCAGGACAGAGAGGUUGGCGAUGGCACAACCUCGGUCGUCCUGAUCGCCGCCGAGCUCCUGCGCCGCGGCAACGAGCUGAUGAAGAACAAGAUCCACCCCACCACCAUCAUCACCGGCUACCGCCUGGCCGUGCGCGAGGCCAUCAAGUACAUGAACGACAACAUCAGCAUCAAGGUCGAGAACCUGGGCCGCGAGUCGCUGCUCAGCAUCGCCAAGACCUCCAUGUCCAGCAAGAUCAUCGGCUCCGACUCCGACUUCUUUGCCAACAUGGUGGUCGACGCCAUCCAGUCCGUCAAGACCUCCAACAACAAGAGCGAGGUCAAGUACCCCGUCAAGGCCGUCAACAUCCUCAAGGCCCACGGCAAGUCGUCGCUCGAGUCGGUCCUCGUCAAGGGCUACGCUCUGAACUGCACAGUCGCCUCCCAGGCCAUGCCUACCCGGAUACAGGACGCCAAGAUUGCCAUCCUGGACAUGAACCUGCAGAAGGAGCGCAUGAAGCUGGGUGUGCAGAUUACCGUCGACGACCCUCAGCAGCUCGAGCAGAUCCGCGCCCGUGAGUCUGGUAUGGUCCUCGAGAGGGUCGAGAUGAUCCUCAAGGCCGGCGCCAACGUUGUCCUGACCACCAAGGGCAUUGAUGACAUGUGCCUGAAGUUAUUCAUCGAGCGCGGCGCCAUGGCCGUCAGACGUUGCAAGAAGGAGGACCUGAGACGAAUUGCCAGGGCAACCGGCGGAACCCUCCUCAGCACCCUGUCCGACCUGAACGGUGACGAGAAGUUUGAGGCCUCGUAUCUGGGCCACGCGGAGGAGGUUGUGCAGGAGCGCAUUUCAGACGAUGAGUGCAUCUUGGUCAAGGGCACCAAGACGCACUCCUCGGCGUCCAUCGUGCUUAGAGGACCCAACGAAUUUACUCUGGAUGAGAUGGAGCGCUCCGUACACGACUCCUUAUGCGCUGUGAAGCGCACUCUGGAGAGUGGGCGGAUUGUUCCCGGUGGCGGUGCUGUGGAGACCGCUCUUCACAUCUACCUCGAGGAGUAUGCCGGUACGGUUGGUUCGAGGGAACAGCUUGCCAUUGGCGAGUUUGCACAGUCCCUCUUGGUCAUUCCCAAGACGCUGGCGGUGAACGCGGCAAAGGACGCCAGCGAGCUGGUAGCGCAACUGCGAUCGAGGCAUGCUGUGUCGCAAAGAACACAGGAGGGUGAUGGCUCGGCGGACGAGAAGACCAUUGCUCGUAUGAAGGGAUACAAGAACUACGGUCUGGACCUUGCUAGAGGCAAGGUCAUCGAUGAGAUCAAGGCCGGCGUGCUCGAGCCCCACAUGAGCAAGGUCCGGCAACUGAAGAGUGCUGUCGAGGCCACCAUUGCCAUCAUGAGAAUUGAUACCCUAAUCAAGCUGGACCCGGAACAGAGGGCGGAGGAUGAUGGACACGGACACUAG